UCGCGCGGCAGCCUACGGCGACUUGUUCCGGCCGCCAGAGCGCCCGAAGAAGGGAGGACACCCUCCUCCUUGCUUCUCUCUCCUUUCUGCGCCUUCUCUCCCGGACAGCCACUACGCGGCUUCUGACACGCAACCCUCGGCGCGAACACUCGACGUCGCUUGUCGUCGUCGACGGUGGUAAACAACGGAUGCCAGCUCGGACGACGGGUCUGACGACGACGACGACCAGCACGACGACAACGUCAGCGCCGCCGGUGCCGAGAACGACCUCGCGGCGGUCCGCCUAACGCCUGUACGCAAGCGAGGCACCACCUCGCCGUCGAGCCUACGCCGAGCGGGUGGUCUGCUGGCCACCGUUAGAAAGGGACGAGGCCGCCGUAGAGACACGUCCCGGAGGAAGAACACACACACUGUGAGGACAGCGGGUGAAAGCGAAGUUGUGAACGUCGGGGGAUCACGCAGAGAACGACCUUAACCCUUUUGUCUUGUCGCCGCGUGCGCUUGCCUUACGAAGCCGAGACAAUGGUCCUUCGCCACCAUCACCACGGCGGACAGGUGCAACCGCCUUGACGGGUGCCUCUCGCCGAAGCCACUUUCGCGCCAACGGGUUGUCACUGAGAAGAAACGCCUGAGCCCACUCCUCCGAGCAUCGUAGGAGACCGAGCAUGCCUGAACAGAGCAACGACUACAGGGUUGUAGUGUUUGGAGCCGGCGGUGUCGGGAAGAGCUCCCUGGUGCUACGCUUUGUCAAAGGAACGUUCCGGGAAAGCUACAUCCCCACCAUUGAAGACACCUACAGACAGGUGAUCAGCUGCAACAAGAACGUGUGCACGCUCCAGAUCACGGACACGACGGGCAGCCACCAGUUUCCCGCCAUGCAGAGGCUCAACAUCUCCAGGGGGCACGCGUUCAUCCUCGUCUACUCCAUCACCUCGGCCCAGAGCCUGGAGGAGCUCAGGCCCAUCUUCGAAAUCAUACGAGAGGUGAAGAGCGGCGAGACGGAGGGCAUCCCGAUCAUGCUGGUGGGCAACAAGUUCGACGAGGCCGAGUCCCGCGAGGUGCCGCCCGAGACCGGCCAGGAGCAGGCCAAGCGAUGGUCGUGCGGCUUCCUCGAGACGUCGGCCAAGACCAACCACAACGUGCGCGAGCUGUUCCAGGAGCUGCUCAACAUGGAGAAACGCCGCUCCGUGUCGCUCCAGCUGGACACCAAGAAGACCAAGUCGCAGCUUCGCAAGGAGAAACUCAAGGGCAAGUGUCUCGUCAUGUGAGGAAACACCCCCCGGCGAUCCACGGGAGAGAGACGUCGAAGCGCCGCUGCAAUGGAGAGGAGAAGAAGGACCACCACGGCAGCUGGGAGGUCGCAGCGGCGACUGGAUGUACCACGUAGAGCCACACCAAUACACAAACAUACACGAAAAUACACGCACACAAACACGCGCGCGCGUAAACAUUCGCCGGGAGCUCGGGCACACGUGAGCGACCAAACCACAAGCACGUACCUACAUGGCCGCGUUUGCUUGCGCGUCAAAAGGGUGCGUCGUCUGUCGGCGUCGCCGCAUCGAGACUCGUAGUUGCCGCCGUCUGCAGAUAAUACGUCACGCGUUACGUUCACUUGAUAAACACCUGCAACCGUUCUUACCAGCUGGCUACUUGGGCCGAGUACUGACGAGCAGCCACUGAUGACGACGCCGGGCGACGCGACGCGUGGCAAGACGUUCCAUGGGGGUGGCGCUUCAAAGCCGAGCUCCUAGGCAACCUCGCAAGGUUUUGGCGCUUUCUCUUCUACCCGUCUUAUUCUAGGUUCGCCGUUCCUUGCCUCACUUUUGAAGAACAGGUGCGGGCUUCUAUUAGCAUCGCGGCUAAAAGGACCUGAGGUUUGUGUGAGUCUCCUCUAAACUUUCGUAGCUGUCCGUUUUCAAGUGAGCUUGGAAGGACCGCAUCAAUAAUGGGCAGUGAGUGUAUUGCGCCGUCUAGCGCGAACUUGUGCCUCCAGAGAUUUCCGAAACCUUUCUCAUUUUCAUUUCGCUGCGCUUCACAAAAGAACAUCCUGGCCAGAAUAUAGAAUCUUUAUAAACAGCUUAUAGACUUAUUUCUCUAAAUUUAAUGUCGACUUAUCUAUGUAGACUUACAUUUCUGCAACCUGCUCGUCUGAUAAUUUUUAUCCAACAAUCUGACCAAAGUAUCCAAAUACUUUCAUCUAUCCCCAGUUUUGUAUACUUGAUAUAGACAAAGGAUAAGUCUAUAAAUAUGCAAGGCAGUCUGUCUACAGACAAUAUAUGUUCAUUUUUAGAAGGUGUGGCACUUCUCACUGCUUCCCGCAAUGGUCGGCAGCUCGAGAAUUUCAUGUACAGACACCAAUGUUGCGUGGAUAAUUGACAUUGGCUCGUAUCGUUGCGUACGGAAAGUACAUUGAAUAUUACAUCGCUCAUGGCCGGUAGCUAAUAAUAGCGAGCCAGCGCUAUCACAACUACGGUUUCGUUUCUCUUGUUCUGGUGGCUACCGGUCACACUGUCUACCAGUGAAGUUCUAUCUGACAGCGUCAGUUCUGACUUCGUUAUGGCAACCGAAACUUUGAGGAGAGUCGCACAUUCGCAUCAAGUUCUUUCUUGUCACCGAUUGCUUCCUACAGCGAAGGUCGCAACGUGAACCAAGACAACCUGUUUCAGGAACCCGGCUGCGUAUUUCUCGGCGAAAAGUACUUCAACCAACACUGACAGAAUUAUUGACAUUUCUUGCGCUCUUUUCUUCCGUGUUUUCUUUCUGGCUGUACGUGUCUAAACACAGCGGCGGAGCGUGUAAACCUACUCUCUGACAGCCCUGGCCCAGGUCUUAUCAUGAAGGACUAGACGCGAGCGCGCAACGCUGCGUCUGUUGUAUAUCACCCAUGAUUUGAAGUUAUCGGGAGUGUUUGUGCGCGCCACAUCACCUGCUGGUGUCAAAAGAUAUUUCAGCAUCGUAUUUCUGAAAGGAAAGCUCGUGGUGUGCUUGAAAUAAUUUACCAUGCCACCGUCAGUUCGCAACUGUCUCGAAUCUGCACCAGACAAUGGAUAUGGUUAGCGCUUGAGAACAGAUAGAAGAUCGUGCUAAGCCAAUGUUCAGAUGCAAGCAACUGACGCUCGCCUUUCCAUGCCGGACACAAGCACUUUCACGUGUCACACUCUGGUUUGAAUACGGUUGUCCUGAAUCUUGCACUCAAAGUUUUACCCGAAACCGACACUUUCAACUGUGCCGUUUCUUCGAGGCUGUUCGUGAAACAACAUCCACAGACACACACAGACAUGAAGAAACUCUUUCCCUUCGUUCCCUUUUCGCAUUUUUGGUACUUGGUACUUGUGCUAACCUGACCGUGCUAAGGGCCAGGACGUACUCACCGAUUUUUAAGAAAACACAAGCAGCGAGCAGCGAGGUGCUCGUCUUGCCUGAUGUACCGCUACGCGAUACCAUAUCCGAAACGUCUGUACUUAAGGUUUGUGUUCGACAGUGUGUGUACCUUGUUGACAAGAUGACAACUAUUGUUACUGUUGAGAUAUAUUGUUUGUUCGCUGUGAGUAAUUGCGAGAAUGCAAGGAGGGUCUAUCGUUACGCGGUGCCUGGGUAAAUAAGUGAUAGAGGAAGGAAGGCAAGGAGAACGGGAAAGUGUCAAUGGGUGCCUUGCUGGUGACGUCACAAACGACGUUCUGAAAGAGCUGCUUUCAGACAAACGUUUCGCUGAUGCUGCCCCCGAGUAGCAGUUCUGUCGUGAGCUUGAGCCCAGCUCUUCUGAAGAGUCACAGUGGUUGUGACAACGACAGGCAAAUGUUGUUAGAUUAACUGCUUGUUCUGAUCAAUGCCAUCACUUCAAGAAAGGAUUUCAAGGGUUAGUGUUCACAACGUGUCAUCCUCAAGAGAACAGCUAUCUGUUACUGCGCGGUCAAGCUCUAUUCGGAUAACGAAUGCGGAGCUGCUAAUUUAUAUCUACGAGGGCGCCUCGUAAAGCACAACAUUGUGUAAAUUUGGGUAAAAAAAUAGCAGUAAUCUUUUACGUAUGGCACGCAGUUUAUAUGUGCGUCACUUUAAUUUUGCAGAUGUGUCCCAAGAUAGCCAAGACACCCAUAUGAAUGAUAGAUAUGCGCACACAUCCAUGAUAAACGUCUCUUGAGAGUCGAGGUGCUCAGUCUUCAAACAGCAUUAAAUCAUUGAUUCUUACAAACUCGGUCAGGCUCGUGUCGUUCUAAGCGUACAAACUUCGCGAAAGGCAGCACUACAAACAAGUGACGUCACCGCGAAGGCUUCCAUUCAGGAAACCAUAUCCAGCAAACACAUUCGCUUUGAAGACGGUGAAAUAAUAAUGAAACGCCGCGUGUCAUCUACAGUUUACCUGCAUCGUCUGCUAGCGAAUACGGUCGAUGUACAUCAAAGGGGUAUUCUUUCCCGUUCGCCUAUGCCUCGGGUGUGAUACGGCACGCAUUUCCGCUCGCAGAUGGCUCGUAUAUUUUUUCCUGUGCUUUUUCUUACUGCAUAGCUUUUACUGCAUAGCCCUGAAGAAAUUUAUAGACGACAUAUAUUUUCUCAUUUUGUUACGUUGAAAUGACUAUAUUUACGGAGCGUUACGAGUAGGGUCACGCGAAGCAGACUUUGAACCAUUUUGGCAUGUUUGAACAAUAAAUGUGGCGGCUGCGCCUUUUUUUUUUUCUUUUUCCUGCCUCCCGAAGUCUCCGUGAGCAUUCGGUCCACGGACUCGUUAGUAUCCGGGGCACGGGUUGCAUUUGGUGCGCCUUGCAGGUACACGGCUACUUCAAACAACGACAACUUCUGGUCGGUCGCUUUCACUAUCUUUUUCCGUCCCCCUCCUCUUUUUUUUUUUCGCGGAUUGAGCAAGUGUGGUGGAUCUGGACGCGUGCUGGCUGGCUCCUCACUCGAGUGGAGCAAAAAUGGCGCACGUAAGGGGGCAAGACCACAGAAAUCCUGAAGAGAAUUAUGUGGCCUUCCUAUAACUUCACAGAGGCGUCUCACCGCAGCGAGUUAAGAGGGCGCUGCGGUAGAAAACGCCUUGCCUGGUGCACCAGACGGCGUAAGUAAUGGACUUCCCCGCGCUUCGCAAAACUGCAGACGCUGAGCUUCGCGACUAUAGAUGGCGCUCCAUGUCAGAAACGAGGAAAAUUCAGCUUCCUCAGAAAAAAGACGCGGCAAGUCAGGUAUGACGUCGCAAUAUGCGUCUCAGUGCUUGAACUGGUGGCCGUUGCAAGGAAUACGUCGCGCACGUGACGUUUUAGGCAGAAAGGUGUAGGAAACACUCUGCCUAACGCACAAGUGCAUUUGUUCGCAAAUGGCGUUGCAGCAGAACCGGCUGACUUUUCUUUGAAGGCAGACGAAGAGGUCACUUAGCGAGAUCUGUUGUUGCAGACGAUACUCCUGCAUGGAAAGUGCGCAGCUGCGAGCAGCCGGAUGGUGCCGAGUCUGCAGGAGCACGACAAAAUGGCGGCGCUCUUUCGUCCAUGCAGACAUAACGGAACCGUGUUCCGGCGCCGUCGACGAUACUCUGCGCGGCUACCGCGUCGCUUCGAAGCACACGCUAUGGCCGAGAAACCGACUACAGCGUUACUAUUGUGGUGCCGAACGAUGGGUGCUGACAAAUUGAGAUUGGUCGGUGAGUUUUGUGAGACGAGCAGGAUAAAAAAAAUGGAUGCCAGAGCGAGUGGUGCGUAUGCGACAUCUAUUUUUUCGGUGUGAAGACUGGGUUGCCAGACGAGAUGGCCACUCACUAUUGAUGUGUAAUUACAUAUCGUCGAGGCGAACGAGACAUGUGGCAGAUUUAGUGGCCCCACAUCUAACAGCGUUCAUUCUUGCUUGAUGAACCUGGCGUAGAUAUUAUGUAUUAUACGCAUGAAACACCCGUGCCGCGCAUGCGCGGAAGUGUUACUGCAAGCUAUGUAUGUAUAUAAUGCAAAAACACGAGCGAGCACGUUCGAACCCUUUCUCCCAGCGGGCACAUCUACUACCAGAAGAGUGGACCAGGUUACAGCCGCAGUUAUCUGGUUACAUCUUCUUUCAAUGUCAUAAUUAUUCGAGAAACAAGAAAAAAAUACGAAUCAAGAAAACGGCGGUAGGCCGGGGUUCCUUUGUAAUUUAACUUGAAAGUCUUGUUAAGAACGUGCAAUUUUAGCCCAGAUAAGGAUAAAAAGGAGCAGUGGUCACAUACUAUGUGGUCCCUGAGACUCGAAUCAGAGGUUUAUUGCAGUUAUACAACUGGGGAGAUCAGCAAGAAAAUAUUGGAACCCAUGAUAGUGUGCUAACAAUGAGGUUGAAUGCGAGUGCUACAACACAUGUCACCUACACGGACGCUUGAGAAAGUGUGCACUUGUGUCGGAUUAUUCGCCAUCGCUACGUCAUAGGUAUUCUUUGGAAACUUCACCAUGCGAAAUCAAACAUGAGGUCGUUUCAUCGACUACACCGGAAUGAAGAAUAGGCGUUUUAGGUACGUAUGAAAGUAGCGAAGAAACAUAAAUUGAGCGAGUUAAUGCCUGGACAACGUGGCUCUGGUCGACAAAAAAAUAUGCGGUGCACUCUUGGGCACGUCGGUACGCUUUGGCCGCCAUGACUUUCUCGCGUGAAACCGACCAAGGCGGUGACUAAACCGUGUUAGGAAGACAGCUGCGCCAAACGACCAGUCAACUCGGUAACCCAAACGAAGAGUACCUUAAAAAAAAUCCUAACCAGGCCGAAGGCAAAGCAACGUGUUGCUGAGUUCGUGUGGUUGCCCGGCCACCUAUGAGGACAGCAAUGACCACAGAAAAAAAAAACCAGUCAGCUCCUUUUUUUUCUUUAUCCGUUAGCUAAGGCUUCCUGGAGAAAGUUCACGGUGCCAUAAGCGAUGCAAGACGGUAAGACGGCCGUGAACGCAUAUGUAAGCUCAUCACGCGGUGAAAGCCUGUGCCACACCUCUGCCCGAACCUUCUUUCCGAGACUACAGCCGCGCACCACUUUUACGUGUUCUCGCCCCAUUGCUUCCUUGUAAGAAGAAAAAAAAGGCACCUGUACCACCUCCCCUGAGUGAAAUACUGUUCAUCGCGCUCACGCUGUGUGAAGAGCGCAGCUCGUUCUAUUAUGUGGAGUUCAGCUGAUAGCAGACAACAACGUAGCAGACGACGUAUAUACUAUAUAUAGCCAGCGCUGUUGACUGCAGACGACCGACGCUAAAGGUUUUCUUGCGCUGGGGUGUCUAGCGGGGCUAAAACAACUGCUGGGCUUGACGACAGCGCAGGAGCUCGUUCAAGCGCCGAAUCACGUGAACAUAUGCAAACGCAAGACAAAAGGUUCAGAACGACGCAGUUGGUUUAUUUAGAUCCGAGUUGCUAAAGCCCGUUUUCUUCGUGCUGGAAAGAAAACGCAGGUGAAUAGGAAAGGAACUGGAAAACACGGGACCCGGAGCGCAUAGUUCGUGCCGUGGAGACCACACAUCUAAUGAUAAUAAUAAUUAAAGAAGUAAGACGAAGCGGCCCCGAUAGUUUCGACUACUGAGAGGUCUGGGUGCUCGAAAGACGAAAGUGAGAAAGUAAAAAGACAGCAUGUCAUGAGUCAAAAAUAGUGCGUGUGUAUUGCUCGGGAAAACGAAAAUGCUCAUUUUGUCUGGUCAUGUAAGCAAACAACAAUCGUGCGCGGGCGCCUCGUUUUCUCGGCUGCAUAUUAUCAGUGGACCAAGACGUAGCGUCGUCUGCAGGCAUCGUCUGCAUCCAGCUCUUAUCGUCAACUUUGUAGCAAGCUGCUGCUCAGCUGCAGAAGAAGAAGAGAGAGAGAGAAACGGCGCCAUUUUUGUAAUGGACGCACAUUCGCAGAAGACAACGACGUUGCGUGUACGUAUUGUAUAACUUACGGUGCAUCAAAUUAACGUGCAGGGCUCCGCUUUCGUCGAUAGCGCGAAAAAUGCAUUUCUUUGUUUCAAUAAAGGACAAAGUAAUGCGAAAGAAGCCAAGCGAAACAACCCUGCAACAUAGCGGUCGGUGGCAGUGUUCUCGACGCGAGGUUUCCUGCAACCUUCAAGGGAAGCUUGCAUUAGUUGUCACGCCGAGACGUCGUUUCGCUUUUUGCCUUACGUGUGUCGUUUCUCGUGACGGUUCCUACUGUGCCGCUUUAUUUAUUUUCGGCAUCGUCCCAGAUACUCCGACGUGAUUCCAAGAAAUACGCGCACCGUAUGCGCUCAUCUUCGACGUUUUCGUGACGUAAGGGCCCGAGUUGGUGAGCGUGGCCGCCUUUCUGUCUUAAUAUACUCGCUUUUUUUUUUCGGAAGCCACACACACAGUAGGGAAAGUCUCGACCGUCCCGACCCUUAUUGUCGUGGUCAAACUUGUCUCUGCUCUUACCUUCUCGGUCAGCGGCUUCAAUUGUGCGGCAAAAGACGAUGGACGUCAACACUAUGCUUCCAUCGUGCGGCUACUAUUUUAGGGCAAGUUACGCUUAACACAUGGACGCCUACGGGCUGAUCGUUUCGUUGUGGACUUUAGAAUCUGUGACUAUCCGCAAGUGAAUGUCAGCAGGAUUGUGGUAAACGUCGCAAGGAUCGCCGAAGCGUGACCCAAAUGUUACACGACUUCUUUCAAGCAACGACUAUAAGGCGCCCUUUGAGGCUUACCGUUCGCCGCUGUAUUGCAGGCGUACUUCCACAAAGCGUCGAUCGAUGAUAAGAUGCAGGAUGGUGACACUUUUGGAAGGGCUCAGUCCCGUGACAAAGCGGCGCCACGCAGAGGGCACAAGCAGUGCUAAGCUUCGGUCAUAUCACGACAGGUGGUUCGCAAAUCGAAGGAGCGGUAGUGUUCUCUGCAUAACGU